CUGCUUGAUAGGGGAACCAAGAGGGGAAUGCCUGGUGGCAUUAAUUGUUAGCAUUAUCCUAUAAAUCAAAUCACUUACUACUUUAGCUCACCUAUACAAACAUCUGCUGUCUUGUUUCCAAAUAGAAAAAACAACAGGAAAGUUGGCAGUGGGACUUUAGCGAAUGUGACAUAUUUACAGUGGAACUCAGUAUACCUCAUAAUGCUUGUGCAGAUGCAGUCUCCAUCCAGUCAUCAAUCCUUGACUCUGCUGAGUGGAACCCCUGAGUAAAUCUGCUGUUUGUAUCUUCAUGGAUUGAAGAUGCUUACUCUCCUAGCACCACCUGCCUGUAACAUUCCUUUCUUAUAGAACAGGAUUGCUCUAUGUAGAACACUGUACACAUCAUCUAUUUUCCCCUGUUCCUGUCCUCUUAUUCAUAAUACUGUACUUAAUGAACCCUAAAACUGUUAAUUAAGUUCAUUUAUUUGUUUUUGGUGCCCAAAUAUAUGCUAUUGUUUCUUAUCAAGUUAUAAACUGAAAGUCUAGAGUAGUUGCUUUUUGAGCCUAAGUACAAGAUGAAACGUCUGUUUCUCUGGAAUCAUAACUUUUUUUUUAGUUAAUGUUUUCUGGCCCUCACCUCCUUUGGAAUUCUGAUUCUGGCCCAUGGCUAUCACUUAAAGUAUGCAUCUCUCCUUGCUUAGUGUCCUUGGCUAAUGUAAAAAGCCUGUCUGUUGGUCAUCGAUGUGUUUACCUAGGCUCAGGGCUCUAAAGAGGGUGACAGAUCCCUCAUAAGGAGUUUUGCCAAGUGCUGCUGGCAACCUUUAGAUUCAAGGCUUCUUACAGAAGACAAAAAAGCAAAACCCAAAGCCUGGCUGCCAGACAAGCUGGAGAAGCACCGAGCGCAUUGCCUUGGGCAUUGACAUGUAAAUAUCAGAGGGGCUUGAAGCUGUUCCCCAGCAGACCCUCCCGCCAUCUCCCUUCCACACAAAGCCCAGUUCUGAGGCUGUGCUUUGCCUUUGUGAGGCCCUGCCGGCUACCCUGCUCCAGAGGCAAGACUCCGUAUUGAAGAUGGCGUAGGAAUAAGUCACCUUCCAAUGAUUGAGAACCUUUACCUGUGGGCACCUGCCCGAGCCAGCGGCUUCGUGUUGAGCUGACCGAACUUGUCCACUGCUUUCCCGAAAACUCCUUUCUCUCAAUUCAUGAGCCAGCAAGAUGCAGUCGCUGUGCUUUCAGAACGCCUUCUCAUAGCUGCGUACAAAGGCCAAGCAGAGAAUGUGGUUCAGCUCAUCAACAAGGGCGCCAAGGUAGCAGUUACCAAGCAUGGCCGGACUCCCCUACACCUUGCUGCCAACAAGGGCCAUCUUGCUGUGGUCCAGGUCUUGCUGAAGGCUGGCUGUGACCUGGAUGUGCAGGAUGAUGGGGACCAGACUGCCUUGCACCGGGCUACGGUGGUGGGCAACACAGAGAUCAUUGCAGCUCUCAUUCAGGAGGGAUGUGCCCUGGACCGGCAAGACAAGGAUGGGAACACUGCCCUGCAUGAAGCAUCAUGGCAUGGUUUCAGCCAGUCAGCUAAGCUACUUGUUAAAGCAGGAGCCAAUGUACUUGCCAGGAACAAGGCGGGGAAUACAGCUCUGCACCUGGCCUGCCAGAACAACCACUCGCAGAGCACGCGCAUCCUCCUGCUGGGUGGCUCCCGUGCCGACCUCAAAAAUAAUGCAGGCGACACCUGUUUGCACGUUGCUGCGCGCUAUAAUCACUUGUCCAUCAUUAGGCUCCUCCUCAGUGCUUUCUGUUCUGUCCAUGAAAAGAACCAGGCCGGAGAUACAGCCCUUCAUGUUGCUGCUGCCCUAAAUCACAAGAAGGUGGUUAAAAUCCUCCUGGAAGCUGGAGCAGAUGGGACCAUCAUGAAUAAUGCAGGCCAGACUCCGCUGGAGACUGCUCGCUACCACAAUAAUCCAGAAAUCGCUCUUACCCUCACUAAAGCUCCCCAGGUCUUGCGCUUCAGUCGUGGGCGAAGCCUGAGGAAAAGGAGAGAGAGGCUCAAGGAGGAGAGGAGGGCGCAGUCUGUACCGAGAGAAGAGGUGGCACAAAGCAAGGGAAGUGUCUCAGCAGGAGACACGCCCAGCAGCGAACAGGCUGAGGUGAGAAAAGAGGAAGCCAGAGAAGAUUUUCUGUCUGCCUCCCCAGAGCCCAGAGUGAAGGAUAACAGGAGGAGAAAGUCAAGGCCCAAGGUGUCAGCACUGUCUGACCUCACCCCACCAGCAGACCAACAGCCUGGACCCCAGAAGGACUCACACGCUCACCAUCAUCCUAAAAAGAAGAGCAGGCAUCGGUGCUUGUCCCCACCACCACCCCAUGAGUUCAGAGCGUACCAGCUGUACACGCUGUACCGGGGCAAGGAUGGGAAAGUGAUGCAGGCACCAAUAAAUGGUUGUCGAUGUGAACCUCUAAUCAACAAACUGGAGAAUCAACUGGAGGCAACUGUGGAGGAGAUAAAAGCAGAGCUGGGAUCAGUUCAGGACAAAAUGAAUACAAAGCUGGGGCACCUGGAGAAUAAGACCCAGCAUCAAUUGCGUGUUUUGGACAAACUGAUGGUUGAGCGGCUCUCGGCAGAGCGGACAGAGUGCCUGAACCGCCUGCAGCAGCAUUCGGAUGCUGAGAAGCAUGAGGGAGAGAAGCGGCAGAUGUCUUUGGUGGAUGAAUUAAAAACUUGGUGCAUGUUGAAGAUUCAGAAUCUGGAGCUGAAGCUUUCUGGGGACUCGCGGGCCUCGAGGGCUAAAUCUACACCAUCUACUUGUGAAUCCUCUACAGGUGUGGAUCCAUCAGUGGUGACUGUGGGCCCAGCAGCGGCCUCCGACAGUUCUUCACAAGUGGUUAGGCCCAAGGAAAAGGCCCCCGACAGCACUGCUACCCACAGACUCCAGCAGGAGCUGUCCUCCUCUGACUGUACAGGCUCCCGGUUGAGGAAUGUCAAGGUCCAGACAGCCCAGCUGCCCGUGAAUGAGGCAGCCAAGUAUGACCAGCAGGCUGGGCCGUGUGUCAACAGAAGCACUCAAACCAAGAAGUCUGGGAAGAGUGGGCAGACGAAGCAUCGGGCCCAGCAGCCCAGUGGCACCUGUGGGCAGCCCGCAGCCGGCAGCGAGCAGACUGCCCCUCGCGCCCGCAACACUUCUCAAGCCCUGGAGCUGACCCAGUAUUUUUUUGAAGCUGUUUCUACUCAGAUGGAAAAGUGGUACGAAAGGAAGAUUGAGGAGGCACGAAGUCAAGCCAAUCAGAAAGCCCAGGAAGACAAGGCCACGCUGAAGGAGUACAUUAAAAGUUUAGAAGAGGAGCUUGCUAAACUGAGGACCAAGGUGCAGAAGGAAGAUUAGGACGUGGGGCACAGCGCAGAAGAGAAUUCCUGAAGAGAAUUCCGAGCUUUGCAACUGCAGAGUAGCUCUGGCUACGUUAAUCACUGUACAUGUAACAGAUUUGCCUUUAAAUAAAAAAUCACAAAUUUCUAAAAUGUGCCAGAUACAUGCUUCAUGCAGCCCGAAGUUACAGGGAAGAGACAACAAUUAAGCCGAAACCAGGGGAAACCUGCUCUUUCAGAUUUCAAUACAAACACCAAACCUUAGUGCAGGUUCAUUUUAAGUUCAAAAGCUCAGAUUAAACAAGCUACGUAAGAAACAGAAUGUGUAACCCUAAACCCAAAGUGCAAGAUGUGUAAAAUUGUAAGUCAAAAGCAAGAAAAUUACAUCCUUGUAAACUCACAUGAACACACCUGCUGUGCCUAGACAAGAGUGUCUUUCUAAGAGGGGGUAACUCCAAGAUGUCUCUUCAUCAGAACCCUAAUCCUCAAAAUGGUGAUGUUUUAACCAGGUAAAAAUUUACCAAGUAAAUUCUAAAGGGAAAGAGAUUUUCAUGAUGUUACCAGGUCCACUAUAUUUUAAUUUUUUGAAACGCCAAGACAAGUAAGUGGCUAACAGGACCAGAAAUGUUCAUGAGCUCAAAUGAGAAAAUUUCAAUGACUUAAUCAUGUUUUCUGUAUUUUCAGCCAAAAAAAUCAAUCAUAGCAGAUUAAUGGGAAGAACAUUCAUGCAACAACUACCUGAAACUUCUAUAAUCCAAUCAUAAACCUAAUUACUUAAGAGUACUUUUCUUAAUGAGUUUGAUCUACAUUUUAUUAAAAAGUGUUCUUUUAAAGUAUUUGAUUUUGAGUUGAGGAAAGUAUUUGAUUCUAUCACUGAGGAAACUCAGAAACUUUCCGUGGGUUCACAGUAACUGUCUAGUUGGUCAGUGAAUAGGGUUAGAAAUCAUUGCUUCCCAGCUUGAUGGAGCCCUUAAGACUUUACUCUGGAACCAAUGAAAUGAACACAGGUGGGAAGCUGUCAGAGCCACUUGGUUAUACUGAAACUUUGGAUUUAAUUAUCCUUUAAGCUUUCAUCCUUUGAAUUACCAACCUCCUGAAAAUUCCACAUAUACUAGAAUCUUCAAUUGUACAAACACAGAAACCUAGUAACUACUGGAUAUAAUUGUGAAUAAAAUACUGCUCAUUGAGCCACAUAAAAAUGACUUGACAUGGAAACAUCCUGAAAAAGCUUUUAGUCUUUUUAGCUCACAGUUUUGCUUUUUUUGUUUGUUUGUUUUUCUGAUGGUGGCAACCCAAGGAUACAGACAUUCUUUAAAAAUGAUUCGGCAUCACUGUUAAGAUGGAAUGCAUGGGAUCUCAGGUUGACAGCAUGUUGUGAGCUAUCGUAUUCCUCAGCUCCUUGGUAGUGAAGUCCUUUCCCAGAUACCCACUGGGCUUGAACAUCUAGGGGCUCUUCCCUUCUCAUUUCACUAUUGAAAAUGCAGAAUCUCAGGCUUGUAGGGGUAGACUGUAUCUAUCUUCAGUUUUCUGAAUCUAGUCCCAAGAUAGCAAAAAUUUCUGUAGGUUCAUUCUUCAGUAUAUACAUUUACUGGGACCUGCCUAAUGCUCAAAGAGAGAAUUCUGGAAGUUCUGUUAAGUCAUGCCCCAAGCAGGAAUCAUUGUCACUUAACAGAAUUUUUCUUUCUUCAAGGUUUCCUUGUGAAAUGCUGAAAACAAUUUUAACUGAAUCAUCAAAUCUAGACUGUAGAGUGCUUUGAUGGGAGUAUUUUGCUUAUAUACCUCCUACCCAUUAGCAGCAGGCAGCUUAUCACUGUGAACUGGGUAUUUUUGUCAAAAGUCACAAGUAGGGAAGAGAUCAGAGAGGAAUUAGAAAUGUCAGGUGGACUUAGGGUGGCAGUCUACAAAGAUGUUCCUUGGUGCUCUGUCACAGAAGAGAAAACCAAGAGAAGCGGGAGACAGAACAGGGUCACUGGCCUCCUACUCUGAGGGCUGACCUCUCAGUGAAGACCAACACAACAGUGUUGCAAUUUCAACAACUGCCAGGUCUUUUUUGUUUCUUAGCACUGUCAAAACAACUGUAGGUCUGGUAUUUUUCCAUCUUUGCCCCUUGAGUUAUUUGCUAUAAUGAGCAAAUGCCCAACUUCAUUUUUCUGAAGAAACAGAACUAUUAACAAUUUGUAGCCUGUCAUGUAAGUCAUAUUUGUUUGAGACUGAAACUUUGAAUAUGUAUAGGGAAAAGUGAUGUACAAUAGGAGAAAGCAGUACAAUACUACAUUUUAAAAUUGUCAGUGUGUUAUUACAUUGAGUAUACUAAAUAUGUGUGAUAAAUGAAUAUUAGUUCUAAUCUCACUUUUGACUUUAGGAGCCCAAAAUAAAGGAAAUAUUUUUAUGUUUAUACUUUUGAGUCAAAUGUUGAUAUAGUUGAGAAGCAUGUUUGUCUUCUAUUUAAUAUUUUUAUCACCUUCAAUUUGUGUCUCCUUCAAGUGUUAAAUGUUCCCAAUGCUAUGGACCUUGAACUCAUUAAAAAAUGAAAAUGUGACUCCUUUGUUUAGCCUAGGCUUUCUUCUGUUGUAGUUGACUAAAUUGUAUGGUUCUUGAAAGCGCACCUUGACCCAGCCACACUCUGCCUUGCAUUUGUGAAAAUGUGAUUUAGAGCAAAUCCACCUAGCUGCUUUGAAGGUCGACCGGGUCAGUACACAAUUGCAGCUCAGCAGACUUCAGUGAAAUCGUAAAUGCGUAACUGUUGACCAUUUGGAAAGCACUGAACAAAGGGGAAAGGGGAAACGUCGUUUGUACUGUAAAUAACAUGAAGCCAAGAUGCUUUCAGACAAACUGUUGCUAAUCAAUACAGUCCCUCUUGUAAAAUGUGGAUUAUAAAAGCCAACUGAAUAUGAUCUGAAAGGCCAAUUGAAAGACUUUUUGUAAUUUGUAUUUAUAAUUUUAAGUGGUAAUAUUCUUUCCCUUUAAAUCAAGUGCGAACAUACUAAACUCAAGAGACACAAAACAUACACUUUUUAAAAGAAGUGAUUUACUCUUUCGAGUAAACAAAACCAGGAAACUUAAUCCUAAUAUAAUUUCUUAAAGGCCUGAAUCAAGCAAAGGGGAAGCCAAUAGUGAUUUCUAGCUUGGCACACUGACUUUUUGAUCUCAUACAAGUGUAUGCUGGUGACACUGCAGUAAUACCAAUGGCAGGGACACGCUCUGCUUUGCUGUUAUUAGUCAUCUGUCUCAGCAGGCUCAUUCACAGCGCUGCUCUCCCAUGAGCUUAAGGCUUCCAACCCCUGGCACAUUUUUAAAGGAGAGACUGAUACAGAGACAAAUGGUAUGUAUAAAGUGGACUUGGUUGCUUCUCUGGCUAUAAAGGAUUAUUAUUCAUAUGCAUAACGCUUAACAGUCACAUCUCAAACUGGAGGAGCAAAAGUAACACUCAAACAGGAGUAGUUUAUACAGAAAAACUGUCUAAUCCCAAAUACUGCUAAAGAUCACUUCAUGACGAAUAAAAUGUUUAACCAACAGUUCUAUGCUGAACACUGUCUUAAGGACUGCAGUUUCUGACCUGAGAAAAAACUGCAAAAAUAAACCUUUUUAGCUCAUGAGAAGAUUUGAUCUACAAUUCAGAGGCAAAAUCAAAGCAUGUUAAAUAAACACAGUAAAUGACUGUAUAGAUGAAGAUAGAAUUAAUGUAAUGUCAUUACGUUUAGCCUCUGAAAAAUAGUUCAAUUUCCAGUGUUUUAUCUAUUUAAAAAAAAAAAACACAAACCCUAGAUUCAGUUCUCAUGGAGUUUAAUAUUUGCAUCUUGAAUUCAAACCACAAAUGCGUGUUCCUAUAUACAUAACUGCAAAAGUCCCUGAUUGCAUGUUCCAUAAACUUUUUAAAUUCAUUGAUUGUAGGCUUCUUCAGCUGGGUGUGGUGGCACACACCUAUAAUUUCAGCACUUAGGAGGCUGAGGCAGGAGGAUCACGGAGAGUUUGAAGCUAGCAUGCGCUACACAAUUAGUUCAAAGCUAGCCUGAAUUGCAGAGCAAAACCCUGUAUCAAAAAAAUGUUUAUAGAUUUAUUAGACUGUGUUUGAGUACGUACAUCAAACAUACCGCAAAAUCUUUCCAAAGUAUUCUUUAUUCAGAAACUUGACCAAUGCUUCUCCUUGUCAGAUGGUUUUCAACAUAUUAGUGUUUAUUUAGGAACCUGAAAACGCUCAUGCAAGCCUUUUGCAUUAGGUUACUCCCUCAGAAGAGGAUUCUGAAGUACCGUGUUGUGAAUCCUGAGGCUACAGAAGUGGAGCUCUGGCACUCCAGGCCAUCAACAAAGAUACAUACCACCGGUUAUUUCUAUUCCUUUGGCUUCCAGUGCAGUUACCAGCACCAUAUCUCAUUCUGCAAAAUUCUGUCUAAAUCUUCUCAGAUUCGCCAUCUGGCCAGAUUGGAUUCACUUCUUAGCUCUGUUCUGUUGAACAGGACUUGAGUUUUCAAGACUGAUAACCUCAACUUCCAUAAACUUUUGACUCCACAUCUUUAAGUUAAUCAUGUAUUAUAAAUGUAAUUGCUAUCAAAAGCGUCCUCAGUCAACCUGGUUUUGAUGUAUUUGUCUCUGAUGUACUCUUCAGAAUUCUUUGUUUUUCCUUUCUCUGAAGAAGAACCUAACAUACUGAGGAUUUUCCUUCAGGAUAUACUUCUAUCCACAUCAAAAGGUAGUCCUGGAAGUUUCACCCAGAAGUUGCCUAAAGUGUUCCCUGCUCUUUUUGGUAUUUGAAUGUGUUAAGUUCUUUUCCUUUUUUUUUCCAGCAGAAAUCCAGAUUUGCCAGUGAGUCUUUCAAAAGUCCUUUGGCUAUCAAAUCAUGGCACAGCUGAACAAGGUACUUGAUGCCCCUUAAGGGUAAUACAGAAGGGUAUUUCAAGAAGUUUCCAGAGUGCUGAAGUUAUAGGUGUGUGCCACCGAGCAAUUUCUCCACAUCUUCACCAAUGUUUAUUUUCCUUUUUAAUUAUAGCCAUUGUAGUGAAAAUGAAGUGCUACCUCAGUAUGGUUUUGAUAUGCAUUUUCCAGAUUAUGUGUUGAGUAUCUUUUCACAUGCAACAAGCUGUUUAAUAAUUUUUGCUUCUUAUGAAAACUAGUGACACAUCCGGAAACAUUAUUAGAACUCAGGUGUGUUUCUCAGUUCCAAAGCAUUGUUUCACUGUGCUUUUCAUUGCUUUCCAGAAUGCACUAUGCUCCAUCUUCUGAAAGUGUACCUGAGUACUGUUCAUACCAGCAGUUUGACUUGGCUUUGAGCUGUCCAUUAAGCCUAAACUCAGCAAAAAACAUGAAUAUUUGAAAAUUCUUCAGAUAAACACAAGCAUUAAGAUUUUGCUAAUGCAAGUGUUUUUUCUAACUCCUUUAGCUGGAUAUUGCCUUGAGUAAUCAUCAUCUGGAUAGUAUCCUGUGUUAGAAAGUAAAAUGUGGUUAUUACUUUACCUCUUAAAUAAGGUACAUUUGUUUUAUAUGUAAAAUUCAAGAACCAAUAGUGGUGGGCUGUGGGUAUAGCUCAGUGGUAGGGAAUAGGCUAGGCUUACUAUGCCCAGAGCUUUAGGUUCAAUUUUAGCACCAAACACACUCCAGCAAUAACAGUCAACAGUUCAAGUGGAACUGCUACACAUCAGAAAAGCUAAAAACUAUGCGGUACAGCAUAAAAGCCAAGCGAUGCUACUGUAUAAAUACAACGACUUAAAAGCUUUAAAAUGUCAUUUGAAUAGAAGUAAAGUACCAUUACAAGUAGUAAUCAAAAGAUAGCACCUUGGGCUGGGGAUUUAGCUCAGUGGCAUAAGCGCCUGUCUUGCAAGCAGGCAGUCCAGAAUUCGAUCGCUGGUACUGAUAAAAAAUGAAGACAAAAAAACCCAAACAAACAAACAAAAAAGAUAGCACCUUAGCUGGGUGGGCACCUAUAAUCCUAGUACUCUAGGAGGCUGAGACAGGAAGAUCCCAGAUUUGAACCCACCUGGACAACUUAGCCAUUUAGUGAGCUCUAAUGUCAAAAAACUAAACUAAAAGCUAGGGCUAUGGCUCAGAGAAUUUAGUGUUUGCAUAUCUUUUGAAAGGUCCUGGGAUUCAAUCUUAAAUUACGCCCCUCCUUCAAAGUUAUGCCAUCUCAAUUUUAUUUAUAUUCCAAGAUGUCUACUAAAUUAAAAAAAAAAAAAAACACCCAUCACUGUGCUCACCAUUAUUUUGUUCUCACCUCUUCCGUGGCGCUUUUAUUUCGUUUGAAUUCUUCCCUUGCCCAGUUCUGCAGGUAUUUGCGAUCACAUGCAUUUGGAACUUGCCUGAUAGCUUGCAAAAUCCUUCUAUAAAGAAGGAGAACUUGUUGCCUCCUCAGGAACUGUACAGGGAACAAGAACUGACAUUUACAACUACACAAACUCCAGGUCUACUUUAGCAAAACAAACUGUAACCAAGGCACCUUCUCUUUGGUCUUCAAUUCUAAAAAGGGCGCAGAAACACUUUCGACAGAAAGCCGGAAGUGCAUUUGGGGUUGGCUAUUUCCGUCAAACCUGAGAACCUUUAAAAUAAAGGACUCACUAAUGGGAAAAAAGGGCUUCUAAAAGCUGGAACAGUAACAGUGUUUUUUCUAAAUGAACACAGCUAUUCCAUUCUUUAUUUUUUAUCACUGAGCAGUCUUUACCGGGAUGAUCGGGGAAAGGAGGCAUCUAGGCUCCGAGAAUAAGAGGCUGCCCGCCUUAGGUGCCCACAGUAAGCCCCGCACACUUCCGCGGGCUCUGAGGGGAGCGCUGGCCCUAUGGCCGGCUGAUCACAGGCUCAGGGCCAGGACCUGCCCAGGCUCCAAAGGCAUCUGGGGAGAGGCAGAGAUUUGAAGAGCUCAGAUCCCAGAGUGCUGCUCUUAGCUGUGCUUUUGGGAAUUGCUGCUACAGUACCUGCUUUAGUGUCAGCGUGCCUGGAGGUAAGCGGGAGGCGGCCAUGUCUACCGCACAGGCCCGGCUGGAGCGCGCAGGAGCGGAAGUGGGGGGGCGGCACGGGGGAGGGGCCGAGCUCGGCUUCCGGUGGAGCUGCGCACCGCGCGCGCUGGCCUGGUGUGCAGAAAGCCCUAGACUGCAGUCCAGUAAACUGGGGUGACAGUUCGUGCAUCUUAAGGUCUUUGUGAUAACACUAAGAAUGCGCUCCCUUGAAAGCAUCACCUGCUGGAAUCCUGAUGCUCCCUUUGCCUGGCUGUGUUCAGGCUGCUUCCUGCAGCUUAUUUCCUCAUCUAUGAAGCACUGUACAAAGUGAAGUGACAGCAACUCACGUUUGCAUCGUGUUGUCAACAUACUGAGAAUGUGCCUGACACAGACCUAACCCUGCUGGAGGACUACAUCUUCUGCGCCAGAGACAGCACGGGCCAAUGAAAUGGGAUAGAGACCAGUAUGGCUUUAAGCCUCCGUGCAGUGCUGCCCAACUCACCUGUUUCCAUCUACCACAAAGCCUACAUGGUGCAGCUCACCCACCACAGACGUGAAUGAGUGAGAAAGCUUUCCUGUAUUAAACCACUCAAGUUGCUGAGUCAUAUUAGCUUGCAUAAACUGAAUGGUCUGCUGAUCAAGUACACAAGCGCAAUCCCUGUCAUAUUUUAUUAAGAAUGAUCACAAAUGAUCGUAGAGUAUAAAUCUUUUAAUAGUUUUUGCGAAUAUAAACUGCAUAGAAUUUUAGAAUAAAAAAUAACAGUAACUUCAGGUACAUGCUUUAGGACACUUGGUCAAACAAGCAAGCUGUAUGUGAUGGCCACCGUGUAAGGGUGGCAGACUUCACAGUGUAACUUCAAAACAGACAUGGGGAAAAAGAGGAGUACAUGGCGGCACAGAGCCUACAAAGAACACUCGACAGAACAUGAACUAGAACACAGCACAGUUUCAAGUAUUCAAGCACUGCUUCUGGCCAAGUAAAAACUGCCUUAAAACUGCUGAUGUGUCCUGACUGGGAGAAAAAUAACAAUAAAUGUGAGUUCUUA